CCGGGAUCCUGCGUUCUGUUGCACUCAAGCAACAGCAAUGCCUCUGAAGCCAUGCUGUGUGUGUUAUUCUGUGACGCCGAAGUACCGAUGUCCUGGCUGCAGAGCAAGAUAUUGUUCUGUGUCCUGUUGCAAGAGGCAUAAAGAGGAAUGUACUCUGAAAUCAACCCCAGCUGAUACUAUAACACAGAUUGACAGAGGAGAGAAAUUGCUGCCUAGAGAAGAUGAUUUGAUUGAUGAAGAUAAUGAAUCUGAUAGAGUUCCUCAGCACAAGCUAAAGCUCCUUGGAGAAUCUGAAAAAUUGAAGCAUUUGCUUUUAAAUCCGCAUCUCCGAGAACUUCUGAUCAAGCUUGAUCAGGCGGAAGAACGAGAGGAUACAGUGAAGAAAUAUAUGCAAGAACCAUUGUUUGUUGAAUUUGCGGACAGAUGCCUCAGCAUUAUAGAACCUGAAGAGAAAGAAAAUAAAUUCCCGGACUGAGGGCAGCAGAAGGGACUUCGGUGUAACUGAAAAUUGGAAAGGAGCAUGGAUUUUUGUUGCAUUCACUUUUUAUAUAAAGGAAUAUAAGCAUCAUUUAGUUAAAUAUUUGUGGAAGAAACCAAAUAAUACAAAUUAUUCUACUGUUCAGUGUUCUGUUAGGAUUGGUAUUGACGGUAAAAGAUUUUAAUUACUGCAGAAAUACCUCUCAAUUUAUUUGCACCCAAAAUGUCACUUUGUUUGCUCUUUGUUUGUCUGUAAAGCUUACAGGGAAUCUACCAUUAUAAGAUUACAAAAGUGAUAAAAAAAA